AUGUCUGAGAAGGAUUCCCCAGUGAAUCGGGUGGAUGUUGUAGGGGACGUAGUGGUUGAGCAUAUGAGAGUGGAUCAUCAUGAUAAAUCAGACCAAUCAGACCCACCGAAUGGGGGGCCGGUCGGGCUGUCAAUGUGCACACCGUCUGAUGCGGACGGAGCGAACUCUCUACCUACUCCUGAAUCGCCAAUUCUUGAUUUUGUCCCUCCAAAAAACCCCAAGGCCAGAACCACAACUGCAAGGGUCAACGGGUUGCAGGCCAAAGUCGCUAUUCCACGCGACACAAAUAAAUAUUUUCAAACAUUCACCCCCGGAAGGGUAUCACGGGCAUGCUCUUCAUGUCGGAGUCGGAAAGUCAAAUGCAGCGGCGAACAGCCUGCCUGUCGACAAUGCCGCGAACUGGAUUUGAGAUGUCGGUAUCCAAUGAGUUGGAGAGAGGAGAUGAAAAGGGAAGUGGACAGUCAUUUGGCUGUAGUCAAAGACUACCAAGAUUUCGUUCGAGAGUUGGUGUGUACUGCGGACCCACCGACUAGGCAAUGGAUCAAUGCUACAAUGCAGAAGUACCAGCUAUUGCAGGACGACUCGAUAGAGCCAGAUGAAUUGUUAUACAAACCCACAGGCAACAAUAACUCCACCAACUUGGGUGGCAUUGAAGAAUAUUUGAUGAACACAGAUCAAAUGCCAAUCUCCCCGCCCCAACAAUAUACCAUGUUUGAAACCAAGGGACUGGGACAGACAGACAUCCUAAAAUUCUCCGGCGUCGAGGCCCAGCCAAAAAGCAAGGAAGUGUUUGCGAGAGCGUUCGAAAUCGAUUUCAUGAACAUCAUUGACAACGACUUAAGUGCCUCGCCCGUUCAAAAAUACGGCUUGCCCGCCCGAAGUGCGGCAGAUACGUUAUUUCACGACUACCUCAACAACAUACAUUCCGAAUUCCCCAUAAUCAACAAACAACUCUUUCGCACCCAGUACAUGAACCUCUGGGAAUGCAGCCAACAGCCCGGUGAUAAAUGGCUAGCUAUACUCAACAUGAUGUUCGCCAUCGCGGCUUUGCAUAUACAUUGUCUACAUCCGCAAUGGAACGAUCGCAACUACGAUCACUCGAUGUAUUUUACACGAGCGAAAUUGUUAAGCAUGACCGAAGCGGACUUGUUAGGUCACCCGGAUCUCCAACAAAUUCAAAUCGAAGCACUGUGUGCUUUUUAUUUACUUGCAACGGAAGAAUUCGAUAAGGCGUGGCGAGUCGCGGCAUUAGCAGCGCGAGCGGCGGUCGCUCUGAGCACUAAUUUGAAGACAACAAAAAACCACAAUCCUUUCUCAAGGGAGGCAAGAUUCCGCCUAUGGUGGUGUGUCUAUACUUUUGAACAAGUGAUUGGGCUUAUUUCCUGCCGACCGACAUCAAUCUCCUACAACCAACAUUCAAUACCUUACCCAGUACGAUUGCAGGAGGAUGAGCAGAGGACCAAAACACAACAAUCGACAUUUACUCACGAAUCACAACUGGAAUUUGAAAGGAUAUUUGCAGGGGAAGAUUAUACCGACUUCUCUCCCUCUGACGAGAACAGCCUCGAGACUACAGCUGAUGCCUUCUUUGUCUUCUCCUGCAAGUUAGCUGUCAUUAUACAAGAUAUUAGCAGCAUUCUUUAUAAGCUGCGGACGUCACCAGAGAAAGAAAGGAUAACAAAUGACUUGCUAUGCCGUCUCAAUGCCUGGAGGGAUACUUUGCCAUUGCAUCUUGACUUAAACAAUGGAGCUCCCUCACUCAAUGGAAACUACAAGGCAAGGCUUGCGUUUCAUUUCCAUGGAGCCCGGAUUGCAAUCGCCCGUCCUUGGCUCUUCUGUCGAAAUAUGAUCGAGUAUAAUCACACCAGCUACAACAUGUCACAUGUCGCCCUUGACAGCGCAAAGACGCUCCUCGCAAUGGUACCCGGAGAAUUGGAUAUGGCAAAUUCGCAUCAAAUACUGCCUUGGUGGUGUGCAUUGCAUUAUACCACGGAGGCAACGAAGAUUGUAUUCAUGGAGUUGUCUCUUGGUUGUGUCCAUACUCAGAACGAGCAAGCUUAUCUCAUUCGGCUCGUUCAGAAGUCUAUCCGAUAUUUCGAAGUGAUGUCUUUUCGCAGUUCGAGGGCACGAAAGGCUUGGGAGCAUUUUGGCUCCCUUUACGGCAGGCUCUGCGUCCGGAUGGGCUACAGUGCAGACAACAUGCCACAUAUUACGGAGAAUGUGAAUCAUUUUGACUUUUAUAUUAAUCACAGUGGGUCGGAGUUUGAUGAUAUUGGGAGAAUAGAUUCGUUUGAUUUUUACGCGGAUAUUGGGGGGUCGGUUUAG